UGUGUAUGGAGGAAUGGGACAGUGUUCAGAAUGGGAGGCGGGACGGACUGAACAAACCAAUCGCUGAAGACGAGUGGAUCCAUCAGCAACAAUAAUACACACUUUUAUUCCACAUUAGCUUUAGCUUUUGUCCAGCUAGUGGAGGUUUGUCCAUCCACACCCAGCAGCAGCAGCAGUGGCAGUGAUUGUUCCUGUGGGGGCAGACAGACCAUAGUGGAGGACUGGAUAGAUGAUUCCGCGGGGGCUUUUCAAAAGAUGGGUGCGUAGCUUGGCCUGGCAAUGAAGCCACUGAAUAAGAAAUUCUUGGGUCAUGAGUCGGGUUCUCCUGUCUCUUCUUCAUAACUUGACUCUUUGGACGUCAGCCCCCGCUCUGCCCUCGCAGGAUCAUGGGCAGCGUCAGCAGCCUCGUUAACGGAAACAGCCUCAACAGCAAACACUGCAAAGCGUCUGAGUACAGGUUAAAGGAGGGGACAAGCAACCACAGAAAGAGUGGAGGCUGCAGUCUGGACGGGUUACUAAAGUGUGGCUUCACUCAGGGUUCCUCAUCAUCCACCCAUCACUCUAAAGGCCUCUCCCACUCAAGGUCAGGGAGGAGUGAGGAUUUCUUUUAUAUCAAGGUGAGUAACAAACCAAGAUCAGGGUACCGCAGAGAAAAGUCGCUGGAGGAAGCUGUGAGCAGAGAUGCCAAAUCAGAAGUACGUCAACAACCAAAACUGCUGCUAAUGCCUGGAAAAAUGACAGAAAGGGCAUCUGCUGAGAAGUCGCUGGUCCGUUCCACUGCCUUCAAGUCUGUGAAUCCCUCGAGGCCUUCGUCCACUGAGAUUGGCCAAAACAGCCUGGAUCACAUCCUCUGUCCUCUGAGGAAAGCAAGAAGUCCAAACAUUGGACACAAGCAAGACACCUUGGGUUUCUGGACUCUCUCUGACUCUGGACGUAAUUCCAUGUCUAGCCUGCCAACCCACAGCACCAGUGGCAGUCUGAGAGCUUCUGCAGGCGCUGUCGCUCAGAGUGAUGGCAGCUCGGUGCUCGCUAACAGCCUCAACAGAGGGAAACAACCCAAUUUUCCUCCAUGGGUCAACGGAAACAACGCCAGCCUUGACUACAGUUAUGGGGCUUGUUUAAAUAGCAGCGUGUUGGCAUCUGAGACUAAUGAGGACGCUGGCUCCCCACUCCCUGCAGAUGAGCCGAGAACUCUGUCUGAGACUAUGGGUGGGAUUCGGUCCCCCAUCACAACAAACGAGUCACUGAUUGAGCAUCUAGAACAGAGGCUGUUGGAGAGAGAAACUGAGCUGCAGGAGCUGCAGGUGAAUUUAGAGGAGAAGGAAGCAGACACCUACCAGGUGUUUGAGGAGAGACAACGGUACUGCUCAGAGGAGAUGGAGGGCCUGAAGGUGCAAUGCUCCACAAAGCUGCAACGGGUGUCUCAAGUGGCUUCAAAAACUCAUCAGGCUCUACAGCAGCAAGUCAGCCAGCUUCAGGCGAAGAAAGAGAAGCUUCAACAAGAUGUUGCCAAGCUGACUCGGGAGAAGGACCUAGCUGAGUUCAGACUGAGGUCUUGUGAGAAAGAGAGCACACAGCUGGUGCCAACGCUGGAGGAGACGCAGUGGGAGGUGUGUCAGAAGACAGGAGAAAUCUCAUUACUGAAGCAGCAGCUGAGGGAGUGUCAAGCAGACGUCGGCCACAAGCUCAACGAGAUCGUCAGUCUCAGAGCGUCCCUGAAGGAGAACACAACAAAGGUGGCCGUGCUCCAGCAGCAGAACAAAGACUACGAGGACAAAGUACAGUUCUGCACCGUAGAGGUGGAGGUGUGUCAAAAUGAACUCCAACGCAAGAAAAAUGAGGCUGAUUUUCUGAGAGAGAAAGUGAGCGAGCUGGAGAAAGACAUUCAGGGAAUGAAACAAGCCAAAGAGCAGAGGCUGCAGCAAGGAUUGGAACUAACUCAAGUGGAGCAAAGACCAAUGCAAACCUCAGACUGCUCUGAUCAAGGGGUGGACAACAAAAAACACAUCUCCAAUGAAUCGCUCCAAAGAGAAGUGGAAAGAGUGAAGCAGCAGCUGAAAGAGGAGCAGGAUGCUCAGGAGAGGCUGGCCAGCAGCUUUGAGCAGGAGAGGCAGACGUGGAACAAGGAGAAAGACAGGGUGAUCAAAUACCAGAAGCAGCUCCAGAUCAAUUACCUGCAGAUGCACAAGAAAAACCGAGACCUGGAGAGGAUCCUGAAGGAGCUGACGGCCGAGCUGGAGAGCCGAACCGAGCUGAACGUCAGAUACGCCUCGGGGUUACAAACUUACGAUGAUGUUAUUGCCACUGAAAUUUGAGGAGAGCGGUCAUUAGCAUGAUUUCUGUAAAACUAGAAUCUGCUAGAUUAGUCUUUUUCUUUUGUAUCAUCACAAAAACAGGAAGUCCAUCACUGAAAUACUUUGUGUUUAAUCCAGGUUAUUUAUCAAUUUGCAUAAUUUAGAGGAUUUGUGUUUUUGACUGCUUUUACUUAUAUAAAAUUAUAAACUAAUUUAUUUAACAUCUAAAUGAUAAGUGAUGCACAUCAUGCUAUGUUUUAACAUGCUAGUAGAAACUGGACACUCACGGUUUAUUUAAUGUGUCAGUAUUAGUUUUAUAGCAACACGUCACAGCAUGUUUAUCCAGCAUGACAACAUUACUACUGUAAAGUGUCGGUUUCUCAACCUUAAAUCCUUUUACCCUGUUUCCACAUCACUAAAUGCCUCCACACGCUUUAGACCAUAAAUAUAGUUUCAAACCCAAACCAUGAAAUUACUUCAAAACAAUAAAAGCGUUGUGAACAAUCACAAUUACACUAAUGCGAAAAAUAGGUUCACUUAUGUUGAUGAUAUGCAGACACCACUGCAGUUGUUUUUUUUAUUUAUUAAACUAAUAGUAUAUUUUUGUCACUUGUAGAACUUGUAAAAUGUAUGUUUUUUUAAUAAACAUUCCAACGGUUUGGAAUUAUUAUGUGCAAA